UUGCAGGUUGGGCAGAAACGUGGUUUCACGAUAGCGAAUCCAGGUGGUCGUGCCGCUGAGUGCAACGUUGUCGUCAUCGCUCCAAAUGGUUCAAAACUUCCUACUACUGUUACUGCUACUGGAAAAGAAUCGUUCUACGCAGAGUUUACGCCGACAAUGAAAGUUGAGGCUGAAGAUAAGGACUCAGUACGGGUGGAUAUUCGUGAUCCUCGUGGACGACCACUCCCUGUUCAAAUUGAGCAGUUGCCUGAUAAACAUGUUCGAGCUUCAUGUCGUUUCAGAGAGAUCGGUACACACACAAUUGAAACGUUCAUCUCGGAGCGUCCGAUCGGUGACAAAGUGCAACAACGGGUCGUUGAUGCAGUGAAUGCCGUACAACUCGUAUCGGAACUGAAAAAGGAGGUGGUCAGCGAACGUGCCGAACACAAAAUACUCAUUGUAUCCGGUCUUGAAGAAGAAGUUGACGUCACUGUUCGA